AUGGAUCCCGGGUCUCUUGACGAUAUCCCAAAGGUUCCUCCCCCAACAAACCCCGUUGAGAAGAAACGCCGUCGACCGCCGCUUUCUUGUGAGCAAUGCCGGAGACGCAAGAUUCGGUGCGAUCGCACGCAGCCGUGCAACAAGUGCAUCGAGUCCAACGCCCCCAGCUGCACAUAUGCGCCGGUUCACAUUCCAGCGUGGCGGGCGAAGAAGCUGGAUCUGAUGGCCAACGGCAAUGGCGAUUCAGCAGUCGAUAAUGCGGCGAAGAAUCCGUUGAGGGCCAUCAAGGCAGCGGAACCAAGGCCCGAAGGUCCAGGAACAGACACGAUAGAAUCCCUCCACCCGGUUCUGCCGUUUGUUAAUAUGGACUCUACCAGCGCAUCUUCGUCAAAGGUUGUCAGCUCGCUUGCUGGGUCUUCUUCCACGUCGUCGUCGCCUAAUGUCGACUGGCUGGUUGCCCGAGUUCACCAGCUGGAGGAGAAGCUUGCCAAAGCUCUGCGCAUCAAUGAUACUCAAGAUGGGCAGAAGAGGCGUCCAUCUACACCAGAGAUGGCGGAGCCUGGAGAUGGAUUCGUGGCCAAAUCCCGGUAUUACGGUCACAGCCACUGGAUAUAUGGUGUCAAUAUUCUCAAAGUUGAGCAUGAUAUUGUCGGCCAGGACAAACUUAAUCAGGGUGAUUUAUAUGCAUCACUCCUCAGAUGCAAGGCAAUCGGCCGCAAGAUCAAGAAGAACCGCCUAAAGCCGCUCUCUUCUACUAAUCUCGGAGCUCAUAUGCCUACCAGAGAGCUAGCGGAUGUGCUUGUUGAAAACUAUCUCCGCACUUUUGAAGGUGUCUUCCGAGUUGUUCACAUUCCGACGUUUCGAGCUGAAUAUGCGAGAUUCUGGGAGGACAGCCACCCGUCCAACGAGUCUUUUCCGAUCCUGCUCCAGCUUGUCUUGGCGCUCGGAGCGGCGUUGUACGAUGAUCACUUCUCCCUGAGGCCAAUGGCAACGCAGUUCAUUUUUGAAGCCCAAAUGUGGCUCAUGAUCCCACCGGAGAAGAAAAGGAUGAACAUUGAGGGCAUUCAGAUACAGUGCCUUUUGCUCCUCGCCAAGUCUACUUGCAACGUCGGCGUAGACAUGGUGUGGAUGAUGGCUGGAAAUCUGGUGAGGAAUGCCAUGUUCGUAGGCCUUCACCGCGAUCCGAGAUAUCUCGGAGACCUGACGAUAUAUCGCGCCGAGAUGCGACGUCGCGGUGGUUCGCCACUGCUCUCUACAGCUCACUACGAUACUCUUCCUCCCGCCAACCUGAACGAUGAUGAGCUCACAGACGAAAAGGACAAUGGCAGGCUGAACGUCAAAGGCCCCAAGGUGCCCACUCAGACAUCCAUACUGAGGGCUCUGUUGGCAACAAUUCCACUACGCAUGAACCUCAUCAACCACGUCAACAACACGAGGCCAGGCGACCACUAUGAAGAGACGCUGCGACUGAAUUCAGAUCUGACAAAGGCCUGCCGAGCCAUCUCAGAGGCUCUUCAGUCUCUGGAGGCCGCGCCAAACUCACCAAUUUCGCACUUUCACGUCUUAGUCACGGAGAUUUGUCUCUACCGCUGCUUCCACGCACUCCACCAACCGAUUAUUGUCAAAUAUAUAAACGACGCCAGAUUCUAUUUUUCUCGACAAAUGUGUUUGGACAGCGCCAUGAAGAUUACGCACAUUUGGGGAUUCCCGGAUGCCUGGUCCGGAGAUCAAAAUACCGCCUCCGAAGCAAUGGAUGCAGACCUCAAGAGGCUAGUCACCAACGGAACGGGCAUGUUCCAUAACGUCGCGUCGCAGGCCAUGAUCAUUGUCCAAAUCGAGCUUCUCAACGCAAAAUCCGGCCAGCCUACGAGCCUAGGCUAUCUUCCAACGGUGGGCAGCGCCAACUUGCACGCCCGUCUCGAAGCCACGAAGGCAUGGAAACUCGAAAGAGUUCGGUCCGGAGAGACAAACAUCAAGGGCAUCAUCUUCGCGGCGGCUUGCCUCGCGCACGUCAAGGCCCUGGAGCAGGGCGUGGAUCCGAAGCAGAGGACGCGCAUGAUGUUUCAAGCGGCGACGGAGGUUGGCCAGCAGUGCUUUGAGAUUCUCAAGGAGGUUGCUGAGCGGGAAGGACUGCCCAGGUCCAAGUGGGAGGCUGAGACAGCGAGCCUUGAUGGAGGUUCGCUGGGGGACAUUCCUAUGGACUGGAUGCAGGAUUGGACGUGGGAGGAUGGGCAGGGCAUCUCGUUUCCGCAGUGGGAUCCUGAUUUUGAUACUGGUGAUUUCAUGGAGGAGCUGGGGUUUGACAUUGGUGAGUUUUAG